AUGACGUCCGCGACGCUCCUCCUCGCGCGCGCGCGUCGCGUCCUUCCUCGUCCCCGCGUCGGCGGUCGGCGUCGUCGACCUCCGCGCGUCGUCGUUCGAAGCGCCGCGAAGAAGGCCGACGGCACGAUCGAAGAUAGACUCUCCCUUCUGCACCCGUACGUCGCCGGCGGCGCGGCGUUCAUGACCGCGUGGGUCCUCGGCCCGUUCCCCGGGUCGCUGUACACCGGGAUUCCGUCGCACGACGCGCUCGUCGCGUCGCUGUACGACGCGCUGCACCUCGCCGAGGUGUUCGGCCCGUCGUCGCUCAUCACGAAAUAUAACGAGCUCGGUCGAUUGCCCGCGUUGACGCACGCGCUCCCGGGCGCGGCGUGGUGCGUCCUCUCCGCGUGGCAGCUGCACCCGAGGAGCCGAGAGGUCGCCGGCGCGACGUGGCAUCGGUGGGGAGGUCGAGCGAUGUUGCUCGCCGCGGCGGCGCUCAUGUGGGGCUACGCGCUCAUCGACGCGAACGGAUUGCCCGCGGACGUUCACGACUUUGGAGGGCACGCGGGGGGUCUCGCCGACGCGAUCGACGCGAGGGUUUACGGACCCGUGCCGGUGAACGCGGUCGGGUUGCGCGGGCUGGCGGCGUGGUUCGUGUUUACUGGGGUUCAGACGGGGAAAACGGCCAGGGAGGGGGCGUUUUCGGAGCAUAAGAAGUGGGCGGCGAGGCACGUCGCCGCCGGCGCGUGGGUCGCCGCGCAGCGACCGGCGUACUCGGCGUUGCGCGCGGUCGCGUUCGCGGGGGGCGCGGUCGGUCUCGUCGACGACGCGAGCGGCGCGGAGUCUCUCGCGGACGCGUUCUAUUACGCGUCGUACGCGACGACGAUCGCGUACUUCGCAGCCGCGGAGUGGGCGGUUAGAGGAGAGGACGGCAGCGGCAGCGGCAGCCGCGGCGGGGAGACCUGA